AUCUACUCUCAGUCUCUCUAUCUCUCAUCUCAGGAAACAUGGAAAGUGUUGAAUUGGCGUUGAAGAACAGUAGCAAGAAAGACAAAACCCUCACCGUCACCGGCGGCGCUCAAAAUGGCGAUGAUUUCUCCGUCGACGACUUGCUUGACUUCUCUAACGAAGACGACGACGACGUUUUCGUUGAGGAUGAGACUGAAUUGAAAGUACAAAGAAAAAGAGGAGUCUCUGACGAAAUUACCCUUCACCGGACCAACGAUUUCUCCACCGCUGAUUUCCCCACAAGCGAGCUCGCCGUUCCGAUGGAUGAUUUAGCGGAACUUGAAUGGUUUUCAAAUUUCGUUGAUGACUCUUCUCUCAUGCCGUUUUCGGCUCCGACGAAGAAACCGGUUUGGUUAACCGGAAAUCGUAGACAUCCUGUACCAUCGGUUAAAGAAGAAGCCUGCUUCAAAGCUCCUCCUCCUCCGGUUAAAACCAGGCCCAAACGAGUCAGAACCGGAGUCACCGGCUGGUAUCAUGGUUCGGACUCAUCUUCCAGUUCUACAACAUCGUCGUCUUCCUCUUCUGGUCCUUCAAGCCCUCUAUGGCUCGCCGGUGCUGAGUUUCUUGAUGAGUCAGUGGCUAAAACACAGAAGAAGAAGAAGAAGAAGGUUCGGCAAAACUCUGGUCAGACGCAGACGCAAACGCAAACGCAAACGCAAACGCAAACGCAGGGCAGGCGGUGUGGUCAUUGUGGCGUUCAGAAAACGCCGCAGUGGAGAGCAGGACCAUUAGGAGCUAAGACGUUGUGUAAUGCGUGUGGUGUGCGUUACAAAUCGGGUCGGUUAUUACCCGAAUAUAGACCCGCUUGUAGCCCAACUUUCUCCAGUGAGCUUCACUCAAACCACCACCGUAAAGUCAUUGAGAUGCGUCGGAAGAAGGAGGCUUCUGAUGAGGCUGAUCAAACCGGUUCGAACCAGCCGGUUCAGGUUGUGCCGAGUUUUUAAAGAAAUUUGGAGAAUUUUUAGAGCAGAAUUAGGAUCCGACCCGGUUCAGAUUUAGCACCAGUUAGUAUGUUAAAGGAUUAUGUAUGUUUUUCUAAAAUUUGAUUUUUGUUCGUUGUAGUCGUAGUUUAGAUUUUUUAGCAACUCUUUAAAACUGAAAACUCUUAUAUUUGUUUGUUGUUGCGCAUUAAUUUUCAGUUUUUUUUUUCUUUUUCUUAACCACCUUUAACGUUAUAAUAUAUAGUUUCUUAUUCA